AUGACCGAUCAAACCAAUAUUGUGAUACCCUAUCUCGUAAAGCUGAAGCCAAAACUCAAUUCAAAGUCGGCCAGCGACCGUCUUUCCAAGAUCAAUUAUCGACAGCCAGUUGUCAACAUCUCUACUGGAGCAUCAGAAUCAAGUAUUUCAUCGGUCUCAUUGGACCGAAAUAUGAAGGGCAAGCUCGACAGAAAGUUCAGCAGCGCGGUGAACUAG